AUGGGACCCCCUCGACAAGGGUCCUCCCGAAAGGCCGGCAAGGACAAAAAGAAACCAUCGCAGGCCCCUCGACGGAGCAAUCCGAGCAAGUCCGCCCCGAAAGAGGCAGACGAGAGAGAGAGUCCGAUUGACCUCUCCGCCACCAUCCCACUCACCCUGCAACAAUUACUCCUGAAUGUCUUCAGAUCGGCACUGUUGACCACACCGGGUCCUCCGCCCACCGACUCUGCCGAGGAGCCCCGCCAACUCGACAUCAAAUCCCUCAUCCAGACUAUCAAAUCUCACCUGUAUAACCGGGACUUCGACUCUGCCUUCACCGACGCCAACGGCGACUUGCUCCACGCGUACGCCCUGCGCUGGAGUACCUCGCGAGCUCUGGGCUACGCGGGGCUCUUCAAGGCCCUGUUCAAGGACGUCCUUCGCCUCCCCGCAGGAGGAGAUGCUGAUGCUGAUGCUGAUGCUGAUGCUGAUGCUGCGACGAGCCACGUCACGCACCCGCACGUCGUCUGUAUCGGCGGCGGCGCGGGGGCCGAGAUCGUCGCGUUGGCGGCUAUCUGGCGGGACCUGAUAGACGAACGCGCCGGGAAGACGUCGUUGGCCGACGGCGUCGCUGGCACUUCUCUCGACGACGCGCCGUCUACCUCGUCUAGCAGCUCUACGCCAGCCGCAUCGAGGGCAGCUCUCACCGUCACGGCCGUCGAUAUCGCCGACUGGUCGACCGUCGUGGAUCGACUGGCGUCGACGAUCGGGGCGCCGGACGUCCGCGGAUCGAGAAGCCACGCGGCGCCCCUGGUCGAUCCCGUCAGGGGCGGUUUCAGCGUGCGGUCGAGACGGUCGGAUGUGCUGACGCUGCCGGAUGAGGGGCUUAGGGAGUUGUUGCAUCUCCCUGCGUCGUCGUCGUCGCCGACGUCCUCGACAGAACGGCACCAACUCGACGGGGUUGGAGAAGGAGAGGGGGAAGGGGUGGGCAAGAACCCUGCCACCACCGUCCUCGUGACGUUAAUGUUCACGCUGAACGAACUCUUCUCGACAUCGAUGGCGAAAGCAACGGGGUUCUUGCUCCGUAUGACGGAUUUCCUGCAGCCCGGGACUGUGCUGCUGGUCGUCGACAGCCCCGGGAGCUACUCGACGUUGAAGCUAGGGAAGGGCGGCAAUACGAAGAAGAGCGACGGGGGUGGUGAGGCGGAGACUACUGCAGCUUCGGCGUCGGCGUCGGCGCCGCAGGAGAGGAAUUACCCGAUGAAGUUCCUGCUGGAUCAUGCGUUGCUGUCCGUGGCGAAGGGGAAGUGGGAAAGAGUCUAUUCGCAGGAUUCGCGAUGGUGGAGGAGAGAGGCUGCCCGGCUGAGCUGGGAUGUUGGGGAGGGGGCGGGGUUGGAGGAUAUGAGGUUUCAGGUUCAUAUUUAUAGGCGGUUGGAUGGUAAGUGA